AUGCGACACUUUGCCCCGACGGCGCCACUCAUCACCGUCUCCCUCCUCACGCUCAGAGGAGCUCUUGGUCUGGCUUUUGAUCACUCUUACAUUGGAGCAAGAGCUGUGUACAAUCCUUCGACACUCAAUGACAAGUAUGACUUUGUCAUCGUCGGAGGUGGCCUCGCGGGCCUUGUGCUCGCUGGGCGCCUUGCAGAAGAUUCUUCAACCUCUGUGCUUGUCCUCGAAGCAGGAAUCACAGGGGACGAGGUUAUAGACACCAUCAACCACCCUGCCAAUGCCUUUUACGCCGGUCUCGUCAACAGCGACCACGACUGGCAGUGGAAGACGCAGCCACAAUCGGGAGCCAACAACCGUGUCAUGAACUGGCCCGGUGGAAAGCUCCUCGGUGGGUCCUCUGCCAUGAACGGAUGCUACCUCGUCCGACCCAGCAAGAUUGAAAUCGACGCCUGGCAUGAUCUCCUCAGUGGACUCGAUGGCGCCGACAAUUGGACGAGCGACAAGUUUUUCGCCGCCAUGGACAAGUCUGAGACAUUUACGCCCCCCUCGGACGCGAUUCAGGCGACGGGAAAUAUCCACUACGUAGCGAGUUCCCAUGGCUCUUCUGGUCCCAUUCAUGCCACGUAUCCUGCUUACAUGCCAGAAGUCCUUGGCCGAUGGACGGAUACACUCGCCAAUGUUGGUAUCCACACCUCUUCUGAUCCAUCCGGUGGAGACAACACUGGUGCAUUUGUCACCACCUCGACGAUCAACCCGACCAACUGGACCCGCUCAUACUCCAAGACGGCCUACAUUGAUCCCUUCUACCGCCCCAAUUUACAUAUCCUCACCGAGGCUCCUGUCACUCGUCUGAUUUUCUCUGACACCAAAGCCACAGCAGUCGAGUAUGGUCAAGAUAGGAAGACGGUCAACGUUGGUAAAGAGGUUAUCGUCAGCGGUGGACCAAUAGGUUCUCCAGCCAUGCUCAUGAGGAGUGGUGUUGGCCCAAAGGACGUUUUGGACGCAGCCGGUGUGACCACAGUCGUCGAGCUUCCAGGUGUCGGACAACAUCUUCAAGACCAUCUUGCAUCGGCAGUCACCUUUACCACCAAUGUGGAAACGGCAGGCAGUGUCCACGCCAACACACAAGAUCCUCGUGCUACCACACCCGAGUUUUUGUCGUAUGUCAACGACGCUAUCGCAUAUGUUACGGCAAGCGAAUUGAUUGGUGAUGCAUCCAUCUUUAGCAAUGAACUCGCCGGCCAGAUCGACAGUGCUGCGGCGCAAGUUCCCUCGUCAGACUCGUCAGUGAUUGCAGGAUUCAAGGCCGUCUACCAAGCUUCGACCAGGCUUCUCACGACAUCCUCUGGUCAAGUCGAGAUCCUGCUCUCGCUUACUGGUAACGGUAUCAUUGCAGUUCAGGCCGCCGUCCAGAGGCCGUUCAGCCAAGGUCGCCUUUAUAUCAACUCUUCUAAUCCCUUUGAUCCCCCCGUCAUCGACCCGCAUUACAUGGCCAACCCAGCGGACUUGACCCUCCUCCGCGAAGGCCUCAAAAUUGCCCGAAGCAUCGGACAAACCGAGCCGCUCAACGCGUCCAUUACAGGUGAACAAUCCCCCGGAGCAAACAUUACGAGUGAUGCCGACUGGGACGCGUGGAUCCUCAACGACUUCCACACCGAAUACCACCCCGGAUGCAGUUGUUCCAUGUUGCCAAAGGACCAAGGUGGUGUCGUCGACGCUCACCUCAAGGUCUACGGUCUCGACAACGUUCGUGUCGUCGAUUCUUCCGUGUUCCCGAUCGAGUUUGCUGCACAUAUGAUGGCACCCACAUACGGACUUGCCGAACAGGCUGCCGACAUCAUCAAGGCCCAGUACUCUCUUGCGGGUAGUGGCAAUAGUGGCAACGGAAAUGGUGGUAGCAAUGGCGGCUCUGGCUCUGGUAACGGCGGUAGUCAUCCAAACAGCGCCUUGCCUCGCAUCACGGGCUCGUUGACUGCUGGAUUCGUCCUCGUUGGCGUUCUUUGUUCCCUUCUAUAA